CGUACACCGUGAUAACACGGUCUGAGGUCAGUCCGUUCGCGUUCGCCCGAUAAUUACGAUCGCGUAACAAAUAACAAUAAUAAAUAAUAAUAAUUACAAUAAUAAUAAUAAUAAUAAUAAUAACAACAACAAUAAUAAUAAUUUACCAACAUCGACAACUACUCGGUAUAUCAUAAUUAUUGUGACGUCGUGUAGCGUCCUCGAGAAUGUUUACGCAGUACGUACCAGCGUACGGGCACACUACAGUAAACCGUUACGGUACUCGUCCGUUUCGCCGAAUCGGAUCACCAUCUCGGUACAUUUAAUUAAUUUAUCCGGUUCCUUAUCGACUGGGUAGUACGUGUAUGAUUUUUUUUUCUAUUUUUUUUUUUUUUUAUACCGUACGCAGUAACGCAUCACGUUGUAUACAGACGUACAGUUUACCGUACUGCCGUGCCGCAGUAAACAAUAACAAUUGUCCGUGACUCGACGUCAAUUUUUGUUGACGGUUGAUAUAUUGUUUGUAUUAGUAAUAUAUUUUUUAAGAAAUAAAAAAAAAAAAAAAAUCAUUUCGUUGGAAAAACACCACCAUUUUGUGAUUCCGUUUCACAAAUCGGUUUGCCAAUUUCGCACUGCUCACGUCAGCGUAAUAUAAUAUUGCGAUAGUUUCGAACCGGCAUUAUUCAAAAUACGAGUCGUCCGGCAUCGCCGUCCGUGAAUAUGUUAUUGGCUAGAAACCGUUGGAAGUGUGUCUCGUAGUAUAUCCGAUUGCGCGCGUAUACUGCCCAGAAGAAAAUUGACGAUUGACGUCAGAUUAUUUUGACGACCACCGCCCAGGCCACAGCGAGCAACAAUGUUGACUCUGUUCGGCAAUGUCUACAACUACACCGCUUCGAUCACAGGUCUGUGUUUCAGUGUACGGCCGUAACGGUUUAUUAUUUAUUUGUUUAACUGUUACAGUGGAUUACAUCGGGGUGGAUAUUGAUUUGUGGCUGUGGAUGACAUGGCUACUCUGGCCGCUCAUAGUCACAUUCCUGUUGCCUCUCACCAUCGUUCUGUUGUUUUACAUAACCGGCGUUAUACUGUAUAUAUACAAACUUCACAGGUAAUUGGGUUUAAUGAGUAUUUAUAUGAAUAUAAUUUUUUAAUAUUGUGCAUUGUGGCCUCGUAUACGUUAAAUUUAAAUGUUAUUAUUAUAUUAGGUCCGUUGUUUUUACGAGUUACGACAAACAAUAGUGUUUAAGUUAAAAGCUAAUAAAGCUAAUUUAAAUUCAAAGCUAAUAAAUUGAAAAUUUUUGUUUUUGUUUCAAAUCAACAUAUCACUUAGGUCCUGUAGAUUUUUUGUAGCAACUAAUAAAGCGUUCUGCAACUUAAAUGUAACGGUUGAUUUGUUAAAAAAACUCCCGUGAUUAUCAUUAAUGUUCUUUAUGCAAGUCGGAUAUUUAUUUCCUAUUUUCCUUCAGAAUUAUAAAAAUGUUUUGCUUAAUUACUUAUUCACAAAGCAUUUGUUGUUUAUACAGUGUACCGACUUUAUUUUUCAUGUAAAUUGUAAGAUGAAAAUAAAUCAAUAAAUUACAAUGUAUCAGCAAGCUUCAAUUAUACAAUUUGAUUUUAUACAAAACAUUACUGACAAGGAAAUGUAUUUUACAAAUAUUGAUUAAUUGCUUUUUUUAAAAUAAGGCACUAUACAUUUUUUUUUUUGUUUUUUAAAUUGACACAAUUUUCCAUGCCAAUAUAACAAUUCAUUUAUAUUUACUUCAUUCAAUCAAAAUUAGUUAUAAAAAUUAAAUUUAUAUAACACCUGACCAAUAUUUUAAUGUUUUGAUUGUACAAUUGUUUAUUAUAAUUCAGUUUAGCCACAAUGUAUUUAUUUUUUGUAUUUUUGAAAUGUGGUUAAAAUAGUGUAGGAAGAUGGAAUUGUGCACAAUUGGCUACUUCAUUUGGCUUUCAUACAGUUAGUAUAAUUCAACUAUUUUUAGAUUAUGUACUUGCAUUAAAUGUUCUUUUCCCUCUAAUUCAUCAUUUAGUAACAUUCUUAUACACUUUUAAAGUAUUAUUUCUAUUUUAAUUAUUUUGAAUCCGCUAAUAAACAUUAAGUAUAAACAAUAAUAACGAUAAAAUAUUAUUGUUGUACCUUGCACAGCAGUAGUAAUCUGAGUUACCAGUUACAACACUAGAUGCAUUAUUUAAAAUAUAUUGUCGGGCAUCCACUUUUAAUUAUUAUAAUCAUGAUAAGCUUACUACAGUUAAAAUGUUUGAAAAAUUAAUAUUUUUUUCCCCGAAAACGUAUAAUGAUCACAGCACUGGUUAGAUUCAUCAAAUUAUUCACCUUGUAAUUAAAAUUAACCAUACUUAAAAUUUUGGAUCUAAAAAUACAUGUAAUUUUAUUAAAACAUAUUUGAAUAUAUUCAAGAGAUAUAAUUUUCAUAAUUCAUUCUACAAACAAAUAAGUACAAGGUGAUCCAGUUAAUUGGGUAAAUUCAUUGUCUCAGAAAGUAUUAUCUUUUUUGAGAAUUUGUUUUCUAGAACAUUUAAGAAACAAGCAGCUCUACAAAUUUAUAUUUAUGUUAUUUUUUAUCGCCCUUAUUUUUGGGGGUAAAACUACUACCUAUUUUUAAUUUGCAAAUGGUAAUCUACAUUAAAAAUUCCCUAAAUAUAUGGAGUAUUAGUUAAAAUAAAUGUUAGUGUUGAAAUUUUUGAUUUCUGGCAAUCUGUUGAUGAGGUUGAUUUCACUUUUAAAUUUGGGUUGGAAGAGAGUAGUGAAGUAUCAUUUGGAUGGCGGUGUGUUAAUAAUGCACCACUAUUCUCUUUCAACUCAAACUUAAAAGUGGAAUAUCUUGUUAACGGCUUGACAUAAAUCAAAAAUUUUAACACUUAAAUUUAUUUUAACUAAUAUUUCAUCUAUUUAUAGUCUUUUUUUUUUUAUAUAGAAUGCUAUUUGAAAAUCAAAAGUAGGUAGUGGUUUUACCCCCCCCCCCGGCUGCCAAAAAAAAAGGGUGACAAAAAAUAACAUAAAUAUAAAAUUGUAGAUCUGUUUGUAUCUUAAAUGUUCUAAAAAAUUUCUUCCAGAAAAAGUUAAUAUUUUUUGAGAUUAUUAGUGUACCCACUUAAAUGAAUCACUUGGUGUACUACAACUAAGUGUCUAGAGAAUUGCCAAAAUAUAAUAAUAACUAUUAAAAAUUUGGUGUUCUUGUUGUACAUACGGUCUAUCAUGCGUUUUCACAUUUUAUUUUUGGUCUAUUACAGUGUUUCUCAACCUUUUUACUGUUAUGAUCCCCCAAAUGAAUAUUUAAUUUUUUAGUGACCCUUAAAUAUAUAUUUUAUGCACUGCGACCUAAUAUUUUAUAUUUUUGGCAACCCCCCAGUUCACUCCCCACAGGUUGAGAAACACUGGUAUAUCAUACAUUUUCACGUGUCUUAUACAUUUAACAGUAUCUAGUUCCAAAGUUUCCUGAUUGCACCUAAAACAAUUUAUCAUUGUUAGAUAAUUUGAGUACUAUAUUUAAUUAUUAGGUACCCAUCAUCAUAAAGUUUUCACAUUAUUUUUUUAUAGUAGGCAUGUAGGUAUGUUGAUUAUUUAAAACUUUAAACUAUGAUUAUCUAUAGAUAAGUAAGCUGUUUAAAAUAAUAUUAAACAAUAAUUACUUAUUAUUAGAGUGCUAAUUUAUAUGCAUUAAAAACAAACCAAACAUGCGCUAAAAAAUCUUAAAUAUGCAUAUAUAUAUAUAUAUACAUUAAAAUGUUAAAAUAUGCAUGAAAAAUAAAAAAAUUUAUUUUUGAACAUUUAAUUAAAAAAAAAAAAAAUUAAAAAUUAUGGGACCCUACUAUAAAUACUUUUCUUCAUUUUUUUCUUCACUUUCAUCAUUUUGUAGGUAGUUUUAAUGUAUAAGACUCUCGAUAUCGACGAUUUGUCUUUGGCAUUUUCAUAUCAUUUUAAAAAAUCUGUAGUUUACAUAAGUAUACUUGUUAUUUAGGAGUGCUAGGUAAAAUAUAUUGUUUAUAUUACUGUUACAUAAUUAAUAUUUAUUUUACUAUUUUACUAAGUGUUUCAUGCCAUUUUAUAACAAAAUGAUUUUUAUAAUAUCUAUAUAAUAAAUUUUUAUAACCAAUUGAAUUUGAGUGACUUUAUAUUUAUUAUACUAUAAUUAACUGUCAUUUCUUAGUUAUUUACUUUUUCACAUAAGAAACAAACAUUUUAGCUUUAAUUUUGAAAGUUACAACAAAUUAUUAAUAUGAUCAAAAAAAUGAAUUGUUCUGAAGGAUACCAAUUAAGUUUUUAAGGAUUAGGUGUGUAUCAAGGUUUGAAUUUGAGCCCUUAUCUGUUUUCUUUUAUUAUAGAUGAAAUUAGAAAAUACAAGGUAAGGUACCAUGAUGCAUGAUGUUUGCAGAUGAUAUAGUUAAAGAGAAAAUCUAAAAGUUAACAAUAGGCUUGAGAAAUUAGUGAGAAGUAAGUAGCACUAAAAGGAAAGAGACCAAUUAUAAGUAGAAGUAAAACAGAUUAUUUAGAGUACAAUCUUGGAGGAACAGGCUAUGAUGUUGACAGGACAAGACAGUAAUGACAUUAAGUGGUGACAUAAUAGGCGAGGUUGAGAAUUUAAAGUACCUUGGAUCCUGUACAAAAUAAUGGUGGCUUUGACAAGGAUGUUGGCCAUAUGAUUAAGCAUGAUUGGGUGAAGCGGAGAGAAGCAUCAAGAAUUUUAUGUGACAAGAGAAUUCUAAUGAGACGUUAAGGUAAGUUCUAUAAGAAUGUGGUGAGACUGGCUAUAUUGUAUGGUUCAGAAUGUGGGUGGUAGACAGAAAAAUAAAACUAAGAAUUUGUGUAGCAGAGAAGAGAAUGUUUUGGGGGAUGAGUAGAGUUAUAAGAGAAAAUAGAAUAAGGAACAAGUAAAAUUUUAAUAAGAGGUGGCUUUAUUAAUGGAGGAAAAAAGAAUCAGAAGUAGUAAAAAUGGUGUAAUGAAAAUAAACAUAAGAUAAAAGAGGAAGACCAAAAAAGAAGUAGUUGGGUGUGACUGAGAAUGAUAUAAGAAUAGUUGGUAUAUGCCAGGACUAUGUGGUGGAUCUGGUCAAAUGGAAGUGUUUAGGACAAGGUUGACCGACUCCAAAUAGUUAGGAUAAAUGUAAAGAGAAAAAGAGGAAGAUAUUUUCAUAAAACUAUGUGACAAAGUGAAUGGGUAUUAUAACACUGAUAUAGAUUUUAAUGUUUUUUGACAUUUAUAGUUUUCAGUGUUUUUUUUUAUAUUAGAUCAUGCACAAUGUUCAUAUAUUUAUAUUUAAUACCAAAGCUUAAUCACAUACUACGGUAACAUUUUUCAUGUAAAAAAUAUAUUAUGUUUUUGAGUAUUUUUGAAAUUUGUGUCAUAUGUGAAAACCAAAAUUUAGAAGUUUCUUAAUUUAAGAAGAUAUAAAAUUAUUGAUAUUAUUGUAUUAUUGUGUACUCAUCUUAAAAAUGUGUAUUUAUCCUUAUUAUUUGUAUUAUAUAUUAUGAUAAUCACAUCAGAUAUUCUUAUCAAUAAUGAUUUUUUUUUGUCUGCUUUAAUAAUUAUGUUAUAUUGCAGGGAGAGAUUAAUUAAUGCAUAUGAAAAUAAUUUUUGGGAUGGUGCUUUGAAAACUGUAUCUGCAUUAUGGGAUGCUCAUGGAUGGAUCUGGCAUGGUAAUGUAUUGAAUAUUUUUAAAAAGUAUAUAGGUUUUUUUUAAAUUUGUAUUUUUGUUACAGGAUAUGAAAUAAAUGGCCUAGAAAAUGUACCGAUCGACAGUCCAGCUUUGCUGGUCUAUUAUCAUGGUGCUAUACCUAUUGAUUUGUAUUACAUGAUUUCCAGAAUAUAUUUGCUUAAAGCUAAACUAGUUCAUACUGUAGCUGAUCAUUUUUUGUUCAAAUUACCUGGCAAGUAUUAUAAUUAAUUACAAUUUAUGUUGAAUUCAUGGUCAAUGUUUCUUUAGGUUGGACAAUAAUAUCUGAACCAUUAAAAGUGAUACCUGGAACUGUACAGACAUGUUCCGACAUAUUGAAAGAGAAUAAUCUUUUAGCAAUCUCUCCAGGCGGUGUUUAUGAAGCUCAAUUCGGAGAUAGGUAUUAUAGGCUCAUGUGGAAAAAGAGAUUUGGUUUUGCUAAAGUAGCUAUUGAUGCUAAAGUGGUAAAUUGACAUACCUUUGUUUGGAUGUGUAUAUUUUUAAUUAAUUUAUUUUGUGUAAUGUUUUAUAGCCUAUCAUACCAGUUUUUACACAAAAUAUUCGCGAAGCAUUUCGUUGUAUAGGUAUUGGCCGUAGAUUCUGGUUGCGAAUAUAUUUAUGGACAAGGUUACCAAUAGUACCCAUAUAUGGUGGGUUUCCUGUUAAACUUAGAACACAUAUUGGUAAACCAAUCCCAUAUGAUCCAGCGUUAUCGGCCGAAGAUUUACAGAAAAAAGUAAUUUAAAAACAAAAACCUAUUAUUAAUUUGUAAAAUAUCAAAAUAAAAAAUAUAAUAUAAUAUUAUUUUAUAUUUUUUUUAUUUUUAAAUACGUCGUAUAAUAAUUGUAUUUUAUUUUUGUUAAUCUUUGUUUUAGGUGGCUAGUGCAAUUGAAGAAUUAAUAUGUCAGCAUCAAAAGGUACCCGGCAAUAUACUGAGAGCUCUCUUUGAACGUGUUUACAGCCCGAGUGUCUAUAGUAAGAAGAAUACAUGACAUUAUGGUUUGCUUUCUAGUAAUGGAAAAGUAUAAACUCUUUAAUAAACUAUUCUUGUCAUCGAAUUUAGCCUUAGUGUUUGUGGAAAGACAUCAUGAUGUGUAACAUUUGUAACUGAAUUCUUUAUAGUUUGUAAUUUACAAAAUGAGAUCUUUAUUUUUAUUUUUUUUAUAUAUAUAUAUAUUUUAAUGUAAGACAACACAAUUUACCAGUGUGUGUAGUUAUUUAGGAUUAUGUUUUACGUUAAAAUUAUUGUAUUUAAUUGUAUACUUUUGUCAUUUCCAAUUCAGUAGCAAUAUUAUUAAUAGUUAUACAAUAAGAAAUCCUGUUAUGUUUGUUGUAAUUUUUAUAAAUGUAUAUAAUAAUGAUAUUAUAAAUAAUCAAUGUUGUUAUUUUGAUAUAUGAUAAUUUUUUCGCCUGAAUUUUGUGUUCAAUAAUUUAUGUACUUUAUAAGAAAAUUGUGUAAGUAAUAUUUUAAAAAUGAUUCGAAAUUAUUUUUUUUGUUUAUUGAUUCUCAUAAAAUGUUAUUUUUGUUGUCCACUUUUACUUUGAUUUAGGUACCUAAAGAAUAUGCUAAUGAACAAAUUAUUAUAUAAUUUAGUAAAACUUACCUUGUGAUAUAUUUUUAAACACUAUAUUUAUGACAUAUUAUAUUUAAGCUGUUUAAUAACUUAAUUUUUAUUUUCAAUUUAUUAUUAAUAGUCAUAAUAACAAUGUAAAUUAAGACUUGUGCUAUGUUUAUUGCUUUUCCUACGAGAUUCGUGGACAAAAUAAACUCUAUAAGUUUCUGUGACUUAGAA